AUGUCGCAAGUUCCUCACCCGAGCAUGCAACAGAGGCAGUUCUCUCCGCCUCAGAACUCGCCAUCCUCGACCACUGCGAAUGGCGCAUUUGCGCUUCCCCCUAACAAGCGAACCAAGAUGUCUCCUGGACUUUCUCCGCAACCAGGUUCUCCGUAUGCACAUUCACCAUAUACUGGUGCCACAAGUCCUCCUGCAACCACACCAGGUGCAGCAACGCCUACGAACGGCCAUGCAUCGCCUACACUUCCCACGAAUAUGAACAUGUCUACUAUGUCGCAGGCGCCUCAUAAUUCUUACAACCCCUCACUCCAACAGAACGGUCGCUCCACGCCAGCCCUCACGAUGCCGACUCCAACUCCGACUGCACCGACACCUCCUGCGCACUCUCCUCGGCUGUCAACACCUACCAUAACGCAUGUUCCUCCGCCUGCGCCAUACUCGACUGCCACCCUUGCGCCAGUAGGUAUGCCUCUAGCAACUCCGGGCAUUGGCAACAUGGGCCCUCCCACGAUCGCCCCGUCGUCCUUUUCCAUGAGCGAUGCGGCAAGACACGCUGCAAAACCCGCGCCAACCAAGACUACCGCUUACGACAUGGACGACAUGCUCAUGGGCACGGGGAUCGAUCUAGAGGAGGAAGCAGAUUACUUGAACAACUUGGAAACCCGUACUGCAGGUGGAAGAGACAGUUUCUACGGAGCAGGACCGGCCAAUCAACCCGCGCAGCAUACCGGAGCGAAAUCGCAGGCGGAACUUGAAGCGGAAACAGCAGAUAUGGCUUGGAAUGCAGCAGCUCGUAGACUUGCAAUGUCUCGAAGUCACGAAAUGGCGCACCAUCUGUUGGACCCAGGCCUUGUUCACAGACGGCUUAACGAUGUUGCUAAGAAGUUUGGCCUGGAGCUCAACCUGGAUAUGAGGCCCGAUGGCAAGACCCAGUACAUGGGCAAACUUGCCACCGCCGCAGAUUUCCCCAAACCCGAGAUCAAGCUCAUGACCCAAAAGGUCCCAGAUGGAACAGUGGUGCAGACUCUCGGAUCGUUCAUCCCCAAGGAGUCAUUCUUGGUCGAUCAGAUAGCGCUUCUUUCCAUAGGUACGAAAGAGCGCUUGAAGGAUUUGCUCGGCGAUGCACACAAGAUUGCAACAACUCGGCAAUUGAGCUCGCACGGCGCAGUACCUGCAGAAUGGGCCGAGGCGGCUGCGCACCCAUCACCAAAGGUGAACGGGACAGCUGGUGACGGCCAACGGACGGGUGCGGAGAGCGCGGUCAGCCCCCGCACCAACCCGCUUAAGAGACCGGCUGAUGAGCUUAGCAAUGGGCUGCUGACACCAGUCUCUGAGCUGCCCCCGGCCAAUUUCAUGGUGGAGGCAUUGUUGACAGCUGGAAAGGCUACUCAGAACGCGGAAGAAAGACGGCUGAGGAAACGCCAAAAGCGGUUGGAGAAGGCGGCCGAGAAGGAGAGCCAGACCGGCGAUGCUGGGUCACGGACUGGAUCUGUCGCGCCCGGUACACCUGGCGCCAUCGCCCCAGAGCAAGCCGAAUCCAAGCCGACGAAGAAAGAGUCCAAGAAGGCAGCAGCAAAGGCCUCAGAAGAGCAAUCUAGCACUUCUGUGAAUAACACUCUCAGCCAGUUCAUAGGUGGCAAGAAGAAGAAGUAUUCAUGGAUGACGGGCGGAAGCGGUGGAGUCACUGGGGCCAGCACACCUAGAGCACAGGCGGCACCUGGAACUCCACGGGGCAUGGGCGGUGCUACCGGCAAGGCCGCUCGCGGUGCUCUGACCAAGGGCAGCGUAUCACAUCUGGGACAGUUCCGGGAAGAUUCGGAGAAGGGCAAGAACAUCCAGCUACGAGACUGGAUCGUCGUUCUCGAAGACCACGGUUUCGACAAGAAGACGUUGCAGGAGGCUUACGUCCGAGUCGAUAAGUCGGACACGGGCGAUAAGGUUGCCACAGGAAAGGCGCCUUAG